AUGUCCGCUCUCGCGCCUUUCCGCCCGUCGCUCAACAGCCCGCCGGCGCAUGCCUUUGGCGGCGUCCCCAAUGAAAUCGCUUUGAGGAUCAUCAACUUUAUCGCGCGCAAACGAGAUAUAGCGAACUUGGCUCUCACCUGCAAGGACCUCCGCCUCCUCACCUUACCGCUUCUCUACGAGCACAUCUACAUCACUGAAACCAAGUGGUCCCCGCAAGAUCUCUGCGACCUCACCAGCCCAUCUAACCCGGCUUCGACAGAGAUCCGUGACAUAACCAUCAUCCGUCCUUUCCCACGGGGCCAGCACUUCUACAAUAACUGGGCGCACCUUUUCCGGCACAUCCCUAACCACCAGCUACGGAGUGUUCGAUUCAUCUGCCAAGCUACCCCCGAGCACCCUACUUCUUUCGUCGACUACAUGUUCCAGACUCAGCGUAACCUGGUAACUUUGGACCUGCGCUGGCCACCACGCGCUUUGUCCACCAUGCCAUCACCAGACCGGACUUUGCCCUACCUGCCGAUGCUCACGUCCAUCGCGAUAUGUGUCCAGUGCAACUCUCACGUGUCCAUGGCGAAGGCAGCUGGCGCGAUGCUUGCAGGCGCUUGCAACCUCAAGCAUUUGUCCGGCGGUUGUUGCGUGCAUCACACAGCUCCAGGCAGACCCGAUUCGUUCGUACUGACUGCAAAUAUGUUGGCCCUCCUCGGCAUUAGGUUUCGGCUGAAGACUUUGACUCUAACAGGCUGCCCUUGGAAAAGAAACAGCUCUGUUGUAUUCUGUCGCCUCCUCGAAGAGAUUGUUGACUUCUCUGACCUUCAAUCCUUGACCCUCCGCGAGUGCAUGCGGAGGCCCGGCAUCUUCCUCUCUAUGAUCGCGAACCUUUAUCCAGAUACCAAGGUCAGAGACAUUGUCAUCGAAGGUGGAUAUUUUGACGAUACAGAGAUCUACAACUUUCAAAAGUUCCGCAACCUGCGACGCCUUGUGCUAGCAGGAGUGGGCGUCUUGCACACGUCAGGUCCAAAAGCCGGGGCUUCGUAUUCUACAAGGAAGGGAUUUAUCAAAAUGUGUCAGGAGCUUACACUACGAUCGGGGACGCUUCGAACGCUGUGCCUGGAGGUAUGCGGUAGAGGUCGCUCAAGAGUGACUCUAUCCUUGGGAAGAAGCUUUUCCGCACUUGGCGAAGACAUGUAUAGGGUCCUGACCAACCUCGUUGCUAGCCACCCUGGGCUGGAAGAGCUUUGGAUCAGCCUACCUACAUUGGAGACACAUCAUAGCGAGCCCAAUGGUGGCGAAUUGGAAAUGCAGGCUUUCCUAAACGCGGUGUCCAUAGCGCCCCGCCUCCGCCUCCUCUGCAAUAUACGUCCACACAAAAACAGACAGAACGCCGAAGCAUCCUAUGAUACUCUGGUUGAUUUCUACGAAGGCAACCCGUGGUUGCCCAACGUUGCUUAUGAAAUGUUCCGCAGAUCGGCUUCAGCUAACCCAGCCCUUCGGGUUGUUGCGUUUGGCUACUUGCCCGUAGACGGCGUCCAGGGCAGGAUCGAGACGGUAGUCGAGGAAUUAUCUGCCAAAGAGCUCUUCCUCGAGGAAGACUUUUACUACUGGGACAUGUUCGAGCAGUACGAGUUUGAAGGUCAGCACGCAUCACCAAAGUUGAUCACGGAUUGCAUUGAUUGGAUGGAUACGAGUGCUUGA